AUGGACGCCAAGCUGAUGGUGGCCACAGGCGGUGGCAAUGUCCAGCAGUUGAAAGAUCUGGUGAACAAGCAGGAAGAAGAUUCGAAGAUGAUGGUUGUGGUGAUGGCCAAGCAGCAGGCUGCUGCUUCAGCGGAGAAGCCUCACCAGGGGAAUAUGGAUCCCCAUCUGCUAGCAUUGGCAUCAUCCGGCUCUUCUGGGGAACUGCAAACCCUCCUCAACGGGGAACACGGUCAAACCUCUGGCAGCAGCGGCACCGACGACGGGAGCUUGCCAAUUCGGCGCGCAUCUGAUGCUGACACAGAAGCAAAUGAGUUGAUCUUGGAAGGGGACACUGCUGAAGGUGACACUGCACUACACGUGGUGGCCGCCUGUGGUCAGGGCGACAAUUUCUGUACCAGGACCAGAGAAGCGAAGCAUCUCCUUCUCCUUGAGCAAAAAAAGGAUAAUCGGCGAGGAUGGUGGCGCUGGUGCCUAACCCGUGAUGAACGCCAUGCGUUGACCACCUAUGGCCAUGGCGAGGAUAGGACCAAGGAACUGCUGCGGAAAGAAAACAAGCACAAGGAGACAGCCUUGCAUGAGGCUGUCCGCGUUGGGAACAAGGACAUAGUCGACCUGCUGAUGGGAAAGGACUCGGAAUUGGCAGGCUUUCCUGAAGGCAUCGGCGCAUCACCUAUGUACCUUGCCAUCGUGCUAAACCAGGGUUUAUUGCAGGACAGACUCUAUGAAAAGAGCCAUGGAAACCUUUCGUUCGCCGGACCAAAUGGACAGAAUGUGUUGCAUGCUGCCGUUCUCCGACAGCGAGAUGAUCUUACAAAGUUGUUAAAAUGGAAUGAAACAUACCUCUGCCCACAAAACAAGGACCUUACCACACAAAGGGAUGAAAAGGGUAGUACGCCUCUUCACUUUGCCGCAGCUAGAAAGAAGCCAUCGAUCAUUUGUCGGCAAGUGUUGGAAGCUAAUCCCGAUGCCCUGUAUCAACCAGACCAUGCCGGAUUUUUUCCCAUACACGUUGCUGCCUCUGUAGGUGCUUUCAGGAACAUCGACAUGUUUGUUAAAAAAUAUCCUGGUAGCGCCGGUCUGUGCGAUGAUAAGGGAAGGACAUUUCUUCACGUCGCUGUCGAGAACAAGGAGGUGAUCGUAAUCAGAAAUGCCUGCCGAAACCUAUCACUAUCAUGGAUUAUGAAUAUGGUAGACAAUGAUGGGAAUACUGCACUUCACCUUGCUCUCGAGGCUGGGAGCUUUAGAAUGUUUUGUUCUCUAUUGGGGAACCCACAAGUAAACUUGAAUUUACUGAACAAAAAAGGGGAGACUCCAUUGGAUAUAGCCCUAUAUAAGCUUCCCAAAGUAGAAUUCUACAAUAUUCAAAGUAUUGAAGCACAAACACGCCUCACACUAAUGCACGUUGGUGCUGUCAUGGGUGUGUGUCGCCUGGAUCACUUCAACGAUAACAUAACUCUCAGAGAAAACGCAGCAUUUGAUGAAUCGGAGGUGCUGAAAGAGUCGACUGGAGCUCUGGGUAUUGGCUCAGUUCUAAUAGCAACCGUGACAUUUGGAGCAACUUUUGCUGUGCCUGGAGGUUACAUAGCUGAUGAUCACACUAACGGAGGCACACCGAUACUUGCUCGAAGGUAUGCUUUCGAUGCAUUCAUCGUGUCCAACACAUUGGCCUUCGUUUUCUCCACGAUUGCUACCGUUUCACUCAUGCGGUCUGGAAGCCCUUUGUCCAACCUUUUGAGCCGCAAAACCAACUUACGCAUUGCGGCCACCUCCAUAUCUACUUCGAUUACAUGCCUGACUGCAGCCUUUGCACUUGCUGCGUAUGUGGUGCUAGCUCCGGUGGCUCCGAGCACUGCACUUUACUUAUUUAUCAUCACUUUUGUCAUACUGCUAUAUAAUCAAUUGGAGUUCAUUUUGGCACGUCUUCUUCUCCUAAAACCCUUACGUACGAGGAAGGGGGUAAUCUGGGCAUUGGCUUAUUCAGCACUUGCUCUGCUAUUACAUCAUUUUCCCUUAAUAAUCAUCUUUGGUUUCCCCGCCUCGUUCCCAAACCAGUCUCCACAAAUAGAAGCACCGGCACAAGCACCAGCACCAUUGGCUUGA